AGAACUUAAUGUGGUGCUCGCAGUGAGGAAACGGGACAUUCGAGGAUCCACAGUUUUCAGUUUCUUCUGAGUCUACACCUGUUAUAUCAGUAGAAAUAAGAUGGCUUUUCCCGGAUACGGCGCAGGCCCCGGUGGGUUUCCAGGAAUGCAACAAGAUCCUCUUUAUGGUUAUUUUUCAGCUGUUGCUGGCCAGGAUGGACAGAUCUCAGCAGACGAGCUGCAGCGCUGCCUCACGCAAUCUGGCAUCUCCGGCUCAUACCAACCCUUCAGCCUGGAGACAUGCAGACUGAUGAUCAGCAUGCUGGAUAGGGACAUGUCCUGCACCAUGGGCUUUAAUGAGUUCAAGGACCUGUGGCAGGUUCUGAAUGGCUGGAGGACGACCUUUGCAUCGUUUGACAGGGACCAGAGCGGGACUAUAGAGGGCCAUGAGCUGCAGCAGGCCAUCACCUCCAUGGGUUAUAAUCUGAGCCCGCAGGCUAUGAACUGCAUCAUGAAGCGCUACAGCCUGAACAGCAGGAUCCAUUUUGAUGAAUUUGUGAGCUGCUGUGUGAGGCUGCGCGCUCUGACCGAUCAGUUCAGAAGGAGGGACACAACCCGAACUGGCAACGCCACAUUUCAGUAUGACGAUUUCAUCCAGGUCACCAUGAGCAUAUGAUGAGGUCAACACUAAACAGAAGGACACCCACCACCCUUUUACAAUCUUCUGUUAUUAAUGGCAUUUACCUCCUGUGUAUCAUUAUUGUACAAAACACCACUUAAACAUUCCAUUUUACCACAAACCUUUUGUAAGGUAAUGCAAAAUGUUAAACUUACAGGAACAAGUAACCUCAGUCUGUGCUUAUGUCACUUGACUGCUCAUAUACUGGAGCAUAUUAUUACCACUCUUACAUCUGCAUAGGCUCUUACCACUAGUGUAACCAUGUUAACCUGUAGCGCUGGCCAGUGAAGUGUGAACAUGUAUGAAAUUAAUAA